AAUCGAAAGCGAAAGCGCCGCGUUGGGGGAUUUUCGGCUCUGCACAGGCGGCAGUGGGUGCGGCGAAUUUGGGGGAGAGAGAGAGAGAAGCUCAGCCCGGCUCGGCUGAAACGAGGCUUCGGAUCGAGAAGGACCAAACGCCCGCGACGGAAGGGCUUUCCCGGCCGCGGCAGGAAGGUCUUCUGCAGUGAUCCUCCUCUUAAAUCCAUUAUCCUGGAUUCCGAUAAACAGUAAUAUCUCCCUCCCCCCCUCUCUCUCUCUCUCUCUCUCUCUCCCCCCCCCCCAAGAGCCCAUCAGCAAGAUGCUGGUCCCUGUCACGUUUCAGGCAAUUCUCCUGCUUUUCUGUGACCGAAUCCUGCUCUCCUUGCUGAAUGGAUGGAGCCCCUCCCUGGUCCCCCUGGGGGUCUCAGCGGCUUGGCUGGAGGCCGCUCUCCGACUGCUGGUUCUCUUAGGGGUCAGGGGUCUGCUCUCCAUGGGUCGGACCUCGCCAGUGUCCUUCUCCACGGUGGCUGCAGUCAGCAUCCUGCCCCCUUUGUACCUGUUGGUGGGACACUGGCUUGGGGACCCUCCCCUCCUGGUCUCUUCGGCCGCGUGGUCUUGGUGGCUGGCAAUCUACGGGGCAGUGGGCUUCUCCCAGCUCCUCUGGGGGAUCCUGGCAGAAGGGCGAAGCCCAAAGGAGUCCCGGAAAGAAGACAAGGCCACCCUUUGGAAGAUGCUCCAUCUUUUCCGUCCAGACAAGCUGUAUCUCACUGGCGCUUUCUUGUUCCUCGUCCUGGCGGUGAUUGGUGAAACAUUCCUGCCCUAUUACAUCGGGCGUUUGAUUGACAUCCUGGGCACCAAAUACGACGCAGAAGCCUUUUCCACAGCCAUCUCUCUACUCUUCCUGAUCUCAUUUGCAAGCUCCGUGUUUGCCAGCUGUCGUGGGGGACUCUUCAUGUUCACGAUCUCACGGAUGGUUAUCCGGACUCGCAACUUACUCUUCUCUUCUCUGGUGAGGCAAGACCUGGCCUUCUUCCAGGAGGUGAAAACAGGAGCGCUGGCGUCCCGCCUUUCCAAAGACACAACUAUGAUGAGCCGCUCGGUGCCACUCAACACCAAUGUCUUCCUGCGAUCCCUGAUUAAGUCCAUUGGGCUCUACAUAUUCAUGAUUCGCCUGUCCUGGCGCCUGACACUGCUAAUGCUGAUCGAGACCCCACUCAUGAUGGCCGUCCAGAAGUUCUAUAAUGUCCGUCAUCAGGCAUUACUGAAGGCGAUCCAGGACUCGGUGGCCCGCUCAGAGGAGGUGGUGCGCGAGGUAAUCUCCUCCGUGCAGACGGUGCGCAGCUUUGCCACUGAGGAGAAGGAGUCGCAGCGCUACGAGGCGUCCUUGGAAGACACCUGCCGGCUGAGGAACCAAAGGGACUUGGAAAGGAUCGUUUACUUAUUCACUGUACGGGUCCUCCAGUUGGGCCUGAAGCUGAUCCUGCUUUACUGUGGCUACCAGCAGAUCUGCAACGGCCUCAUGACCAAAGGAAACCUGGUCUCCUUCAUCCUCUACCAGGCAAAUGUGGGGUUGUACGUGCAGACCUUGAUUUACACUUAUGGGGAUGCCCUAAGCAAUGUGGGCGCAGCAGAAAAAGUAUUUGAAUAUAUUGACCGGAAACCUUCUGUCAGCACAGAAGGGACGCUGUCUCCAGAAACCCUCUCUGGACACAUCUCCUUCCAAAACGUUACCUUCUGCUAUCCUUCCCGCCCCGAGAUCCAGGUCCUGAAGAAUGUCUCCUUUGAGCUCUGCCCUGAGAAAGUGACGGCGCUGGUGGGCCCGAACGGCAGCGGAAAGAGCAGCUGCGUCGCCCUCCUGGAGCACUUCUACGAACCCCAGUCUGGGGAGGUCCUGCUGGAUGGAGAACCAAUUGGGAAAUAUGAGCACAAGUAUCUCCAUAAGCAGGUGGCCCUGGUGGGCCAGGAGCCCGUCCUAUUCUCCGGGUCCAUCUGGGACAAUAUCACCUAUGGCCUGCAAGGCUGCACUGAAGAAGAUGUGAUCAGAGCAGCGAAAGAAGCUGAUGCCCUGGGAUUCAUCAAUGAACUGGAAGGAGGCUUCACUGCAGAGGUGGGGGAGAAGGGAGGGCAGCUCUCCAUCGGGCAGAAGCAACGAUUGGCCAUUGCCCGGGCCCUGAUCCGUGACCCGAAGGUCUUGAUACUGGAUGAAGCCACGAGUGCCCUCGACACCAAGAGUGAAGCUGCAAUCCUGGAGUCUCUGCAGAAAAAUAAAGCUCGGACCGUGCUGGUGAUUGCUCACCGGAUGCAGACGGUGGAAAACGCAGACAAGAUUGUGGUGCUGGAAGACGGUGUUGUGAGUCUGUGCCAGCCAGUGGACCCAGCAGCUGAGUCCGUGAAAUCAGAGGAGAAGGAGGAGGGGUUUGCAGAGCCAUCAGAGUCGAAGGAAGGCUCUGAUGAGUUACAGGACUCACAAUCGGAUGAAGAGCGUGGCCCCUCCAGUCGUGCUCCGGAUGAGACUCAGCUGUGUGGGGAGGAUGAGUCAGACUCUGAGGACUCACAGCUGGAAGUCAUUAGAGAUGCUUGUAAGGCAGUUAACUAGAGCAGGUCAGAGGGAGACAAUACAGCAACUCCAAGGGAGGAGGAGAAGGCAUUGAGAAACCACGCCUUGGGGCUGUUUAAUAAAAAGGGAAGGUAUGGGCGGUGCUGGUUGCUGAAGGCAACCAUUGCAAAGUACUUCCUGGGAUCAUGUUCUGUUGGUAUUGCUAGUGACUAAUUCCGUUUUGCAUUGUGUUUCGUGUGGACAAUUUCCUCCAUUUGGAUUGUAUUUUGUUGCUUUUGUUUUUGGACCAUUUGGCAGGUUUGUUACCAAUAUUAAAAGGGUUUUUUGUUUUCUUCUGAGUCUCCAGCCUAUUUCUCAAAAGGGGUUUUGUCCUUGUGCAUUUAACAAGGAUGGCCAUAGGCUGGGACAGAAUAGGUAGAGAGGUUGUGGAGGAGUAGACUUACAUGGAAUUGAUGGACAGGAGAGGCCUCUUGUACAGACUGGUGGAAAGGACCCAGGCGGAGUGACUUCCGGCAUUGCAACGGAGAUGCUUGGCCACGGGAUCCACUGCUUUUGUAGAUGCCAAAUGCAUGAUUGGCCGGGGAGAUAGACAACAGCACCCUUCUAUGGAAAGAGAAUGACCCAGAAGGCCACCUGUCCAUCAGCUCUUGAUCAGUCAAGAGUUGAUGAAUGGCAGCCAUUUAGAAGAGGCGGUUGUCUUUCUUAUCUGAACACAAUUCAUGUGGUGUUAAGUAGUGACUUGGACCCCGGAAACUCUUAUGAAAGAUGCACAAUCCUGUUUCAAACACACCAAUACCCCAGUUUUUCCUUUGUUUGAAUUUAGCGUGAGAGGCUUCUCUUUUUUUGGUACAACCUGCCUUUUUUGUCACACUUUUUAAUAUUGGUUGCGGUAACUUGACCUCUUGUUUAUUUAACAAAACAAAGUCUGUGUGUGAUCCCUUUUAGUUCUAGCAAAUCUGCUUGUAGAUGGAAGUCACAUAAGUAGCUCUCAAUUAGUACGGUUAGAGAAUCCCACAAAAUGGCUGCAUUAUUUGAAUUUGUACUACUGGAAAUGAUAUUGAAUAUAUUAUGCAAAGAGCCAGCUCUCUAGAGAACGGUCUAACACUGGGAAAGAAAGGCAGAAGGAAAGAGAAGUGGAUGACCAAUGCAAGAGGAAUGGAUUCAGUUUCUGAAGUGAUGGGGAAUCCUGAAGAUCCAGGUAGAUAUUUGAAUGCUAAGAAUUGACACGGAAGACACUCAAUCAGUCAUUAGUCAAACAUCUAUACCAGGGGUAGGCAAUCUUGGCUUUUAUGACUCGUGGACUUCAGCUUCCAGAAUUCCUGAGUCACUGGCUCAGGAAUUCUGGGAGUUGAAGUCCACGAGUCAUAAAAGAGCCAAGGUUGCCUACCCCUGAUCUAUACAAUAGAAUAGAUAAUUCAAACAGCAGUUUUUCUCAGCAACAACAUAAAAAUGGGUUAACCAUUACCCCUUUCACAGGUUUUCAGCUUGCCAGUGAAGCUCAAUUUUGAGGCAGCAAACUGUGAGCAAGGGAUUCAUGGAUUCAAAGGCAAUGAAACAGCGGAUAGUUGAAAUAAUAUAUUGAGCAAAGCAAUAAUUACUUUAAUCAUACACUGUAUUCAACAAGAAAAUACAGUAGUUGCAAGCAAGGCUGUAAAAUAACUGAAAUCUGCACUGGAAUAAAAAAUAAGAGCAAAA